AGUUCUAAAGAGAUCAAAAAUGACCAACAUCUCUAGCCUUAAGGUCUCCAACCUGUCGACCAUGGUGCAGAACAUGUCCAUGUCUGUACGGAAGGGAGGUUUUGUGGAUGGAUAUGAUGAUAUAGCUCUGACUGAACCUUGCGACGAGGUUAAUGAACCAAACUGCAGGGUCCAGGACGAAGGUUGUCCUCACGAACAAUUUACACUCAACAAUUUAUUGACUGCUAUGAAAGUGAAUCCGGCUGAGGAAGGUUUGCCCCCCAACCCUGAUAGCGGAUGUGUAUCUGAAUGUGAAGAUGUAAGGGGGAAAUGGACAAACCAGAUCGAAUUCUUUCUUUCCUGUAUGGGAUAUGCUGUUGGGAUAGGAAACGUAUGGAGGUUCCCCUACAAGUGCUACAAGAACGGUGGUGGAGUGUUCUUGAUCCCCUACGUAAUCAUGUUGUUCCUAGCUGCACUACCUCUCUUCUACCUGGAGCUAGUCUUGGGACAAUUCGGUCAACUUGGACCUAACCAGAUUUUUGGUAAAAUAGCUCCAGUGUUCCGAGGUCUAGGAUACGGUAUGUUGAUGAUCACCAUCUACGUCUCUAUCUACUACAACAUUAUCAUUGCCUGGUGCAUCUACUACACAUUUGCAGGCUUCACUUCCAAGUUAGAAUGGGAAGGUUGUGAUAACUGGUUCAAUACUCCAGACUGUUUUACUCCAGAGUUUGAUCUCAGUUGUGACGGAAUCUUUGAAGGAAUAGGUGGGACCUGGUGGAAUAAUACUUGUAUCCCUGUAUCCCAAUAUUGUGAGAUACAUUUCUCUGACGGAUACAAUCAUACACACUGCUUUAAGGAAUCAUCGAAUUCGUUGAUUAGUUUAGCAGGAUUAAAGAGUAGAAAAUCACCUGCCGAAGAAUAUUUCAGGCGGAGUAUGCUAUUAAUGGAAACAGAUUCAAGUCUGGAUAAUAUGGGAGAUAUGAACUGGAAAUUAGCAGGUUGUCUUCUUCUGAGCUGGUUGAUAUGCUUUGCCUGCCUUAUCAAGGGAGUUAAAUCUGCAGGGAAGGUAGUCUGGUUCACGGCGCUGUUCCCGUAUGUAGUCCUGAUUAUUCUCCUGGUACGAGGUGUAACCCUACCUGGAGCAGCGGACGGGAUAUAUUUCUACAUAACACCGGAUUGGUCCAAGCUUAAAAACGUCAAUGUUUGGUGUGAUGCAGCAACUCAAAUAUUCUACUCAAUGGGUCCAGCCUUUGGUGGCCUCAUCACUCUCUCAUCGUAUAAUCCUAGGAACGCUAAUUGUCAGAGAGAUGCAAUAAUUGUUGCAUUUGCCAACUCUUUCACUUCCGUCUUCGCUGGGUUUGUCAUCUUCUCCAUCCUAGGAUUUAUGGCUAAAGAACUAGGAGUAGAUGUAUCUGAAGUGGUUGAGGGAGGAACUGCUCUGGCAUUUAUUGCAUAUCCUACAGCUGUCACUAAGUUGCCAGUCAGUCCGCUCUGGUCUUUCUUGUUCUUCAUGAUGCUUCUUACCCUUGGAUUGGACAGUCAGUUUACGAUGGUUGAAUCCCUGAUUACUGCUGUGUAUGAUGAGAUUCCUGCGCUAAGAAAUUAUAAAUGGCGGGUGGUUGGUGGAGUGAGUUUAGUCGGAUUCCUUCUUGGAUUACCAAUAUGCUUACAGGGUGGAUUUUAUCUGUUCGUUUUAAUGGAUGAUUACAGUGGGAGCUGGUCCCUAAUUUUUCUAGCAAUAUUAGAGGUUGUUCUUAUAGCCUGGGUGUAUGGAACCAAACCCUUCUUUGAAGAUAUUAAAUCUAUGGGUCUCUACACAAACAGAUGGAUAGAAUUGUACUGGGGUGUCUGCUGGAAGUACACUGCUCCUCUUCUUCUAAUCUUUAUUCUCAUCUUUAUGUUGGCAGGAUAUACUCCAGCAAGUGAAGGUGAAUAUGUAUUUCCCGUGUGGGCUAAUGUACUGGGUUGGUGUAUAUCUCUCUCCUCGAUCCUUGUAGUCAUACCGUUCGGGCUCAUCGAGGUCUAUAAGGUUAGAGAGAAUAAACAGCCCUGGAAAUCCUUGUUUGAUUGUGAUUUUAUCUGGAGAACCCAGGCCAGGUUAUAAAAUUCUUAUUUUAUCUGGAGAACCCAGGCCAGGUUAUACAAUUCUUAUUUUAUCUGGAGAACCUAGGCCAGGUUAUACAAUUCUUAUUUUAUCUGGAGAACCCAGGCCAGGUUAUACAAUUCUUAUUUUAUCUGGAGAACCUAGGCCAGGUUAUACAAUUCUUAUUUUAACCUAGGCCAGGUUAUACAAUUCUUAUUUGAUCUGGAGAACCUAGGCCAGGUUAUACCAUUCUUAUUUUAACCUAGGCCAGGUUAUACAAUUC